UACUUCCGGCGACUCCGGCUCAGCAUGGCUGCUUUAGCGACUGUUCUCUUCAGUGUCCGGAGGCUGCACUGCGGCGCAGCCGCUUGGGCGGGCAGCCAGUGGCGACUACAGCAGGGACUGGCUGCCAACCCCUCCGGCUACGGGCCCCUUACAGACCUCCCAGACUGGUCAUAUGCGGAUGGCCGCCCUGCUCCCCCAAUGAAAGGCCAACUUCGAAGAAAAGCUGAAAGGGAGAAGUUUGCAAGACGAGUUGUACUGCUGUCACAGGAAAUGGACACUGGAUUACAAGCAUGGCAGCUCAGGCAGCAGAAGUUGCAGGAAGAACAAAGGAAGAAGGAAAAUGCUCUUAAAUCCAAAGGGGCUUCACUAAAGAGCCCACUUCCAAGUCAAUAAAAAGCAGCUCCUGCCUCCCU